AUGAGCAAGGUGUUCAAUGCUUUUGGUGCAAUUUCCGUCAUCAUUGUUUGCAACACCAGUGGCUUGCUCCCCGAGAUACGGGAAUCUAUAGGGAAUGUUGUCUUUUUCAGUGUAUACAAAUAUGUGUGUUAUUACAUGCAUUCAAAUAUCAAAGCUGCUUCAUCCAAUUACACCAACCUAGUUGAUAUUGGAAUUUGGAUCGUUAGUGGUGGCCUUGGUGGUGUGGCUUUUUGGUUGACAGUUUUGCCUCUUGAUGUGGCAAAGACUUUAAUUCAGACAAACCCUGAUAAAAAUUGUCCAAGAAAUCCUUUUCGGGUCUUGAGUUCAAUCUAUCAAAGGGCUGGAUUCAACGGAUGCUAUACAGGUUUGGGUCCUACUGUAAGUCGAGCAUUUCCUGCUAAUGCUGCAACAAUAGUCGCAUGGGAGCUAGCAUUGAAAAUGCUAGGCAUUAAGCAUGACUGAGAGUCUACCUAAUUGCGGAUAAUACUACAAAGUUCAGGACUAUGACUACUCCACCUGCCUCGCCUCCUCCUCCUGCAGACGCAUCAGCGUCUCCAUCUACGUUGAAGCGGACACGCAAGGCGACACGGCUACGAACAUUGGCCACUAGACCACCUGGGGCAAAAAGACCUGUGGUCAACGUCGAUCCUGCUACCGGCAAGGCCGAAGGUCUCCACAAGAAGAAAUUAAGAACAUAUUUGGAGAUUGUUGCUUGUGAUAAGGUCGACAUAACAUAUGACACCUGGAAGGAAGUGCAUACUGCUCAGAAGGAUUUGAUAUGGAAGGAUAUUCAGACGGAAUUUGAAAUCCCUGAAACUUCUGAUAGUAGGACAAAGAAGAAAAUUCUUCAGAUUGUCGGCGAGCUCUAGAGGCAGUUUAAAUCUGACUUGACUAGGAAAUGGGCACUUGCAGCCGACAAGGACGGUGCGAACGACAUUGUCUGUGAAAAAUAUGGCAUUAGCAGGGAGAAAUGGGCUCAGUUUUGUCAGACGCCCAGAGACCCCUCAUGGGAGAUGUGCGGAAAAAGGCACAGGCCUCCCAGAAGCAAAACACUGCCCCCCACGUAUUGUCUCGUGGGGGUUAUGAAUAUUUAGAAGAAAAGCUCAUGGCUGAGAAGACAAAGAAAAGACUGGAAGAAGCUGCCCAGUCUGGAAGCACUGAAAGCAUCAUUGACCCUCCAUCUCCCAUCAGACGCCACGUGAAGUGGAAGAUGGCCCGCACGAAGAAAACUGGGCAAAUGACGUCUGAGGCAGCAAAGGAAAUAGCUAACAGGAUUAUAAGUCAUUUUUAAUUAAUAAUUGUAAUUAUCUUUGUGUAUUUUGUGAAUUCCCUGGACAAAUAUGUGUUCGGUACAGGAUUCUUUGGACGAGCAAGCGUCACAGGGAUCGUUCGUCCCCCAUGGACGUCAGGAUAUCUUGACUGCUGCCAUUGGGCGACCAGAGCACCCUGGUCGUGUUCAUGCUGUUGGAGCCAGUGUCACCAUAAAGCAAUACUUUGGAUCGACUUCACGAACAUCCCGCAGUUCUUCCUCCAUGCCUCCUGAAGACCUAGAACAGUUGACCCAACAAAUCAGAGACCAACUGGAGGAGUCAAUCACAGAAAAAGUGACUCGAAAGAUGAUACAUCCUUCAGCCAGAUGCAGUCCCAGUUUCAGUCUCAGAUGCAAUCACAAGGACUUGCACUACCUGCAGAGCCAGAGGCAGCUGUGUCUCCAGCAAAACCUCCAGAAAGCCCGGAUGAAGAGGUCGAUGAUCCCCUGUACCUGAUGACAUUGACCAUCCCACAACUGUUUUUGAAGCCUCUCCAGGUUAUGUGGGAUGCUACCAUAUUCAGGGUGUUUAAUCAAAACUUCCCGUUGUAUAUAAAGCACAAAGAUUUCUCUGAAAUUGCACACGGUGGUCAAUGUCUCAGCAUAUCUGUUAUACAGUUGUGGAUUCUCCAUCUGACUGAGACAAGUGUGUGAGCGGGG